CUUGAACAUUUAAAAAUUCUGAACUUAUAAUUAUUUAAAACUCGCUAUUUUUUAAAUAUUUAAAAUAUGGAUGACAAUUUGAAACUUAGCCCAGCAGAGGAAGCUGCCAAAGCAUUCGUACUUAACCUUUUAUUCAAAGGAUUUCAACCUUCAGAACUUUGUGAUGUCAGCUUUAGUGAAGAUAUCUAUCGGCUACCUGACUUUUAUGACGAUGCUAAAUUCAAGCGCGGGCAGAAAUAUUUCAUGAACAAUCGUUUCGGAAUCAUGCAGUCAAAUAUGUAUGGAUUGUUUUCUUUAAUUUGUGAACCAAACGGAGCUAAGCUUCUAGAUAAAACUAAUCACUCAAGCACAGCUAAUUUGGCUCGUAAACGAUAUGCUGACACAACAUUACACAUGCUUUCGUGGUGCACGGAUCCGUUAAAACCUGGAUCAAGGUCAUGGGAAUCUCUAAAACGUGUUAGAUUAAUGCAUUUAGCAGCUUCAAAUGCUUCACUAUCUCGCAGUGGUCAAGGUAUUCCACAAACUUUCAUGACAUUCACGACUUUUGGCUUUAUGGGAUAUGCACUCGUGAAACCUCAUUUAUUAUCUAUUACUCAUGACUGCCAGGAAGAUCGAGAGGCAUACAUUCAUAUGUGGGCUGUGAUAACAAGCAUGUUAGGAGUCAAAGACGAAUAUAACAUGUGCUUGCAGAAACUAGAAGUUGUGGAAGUGAUCUGUCACAUCCUAAUCCGCUAUAAUUUUUCAUUAUUCCUUCAAAUGGAAACUAAAACAUUCGAAAAGCUCGGACGUGCCUUUACAGAAGGACUUAAAUGGUACAUUCCAUUUUCCACUUAUGAAUCUCGUCUAUUUCAAGCGAGAAGAUUAGCAGGAAUUCCAGGCUAUCAAUAUGAUGUGGAUCUUUCGAAAGAGUUCCAUUUGAGACAAAUUUUUACAAAAGCUGAGCUUGAAAAGAUCAAGGUUGAGUUUCAGAAUGUUAAAGGCUUUGAAUAUCGAAGGAACAUGAUUUUUGCGGAAAAAAUGCAUCUGAUUGACAUUAAAAGGAUUUCAGAUUAUGGAAGUAGCAAUGAUCAUUUAGACUACAACAGCAACACUUAUGGAAGCUAUAAAAAAUUAGAAAGUGACAAAAUUGACAUAAAUGACAAGGAAGAAGUGUUGAUGAACUUGUUGGAACUAAAAUAUCCAUCGGAACUAGAACUUACUGAAGUUGACGACAAGAAUCUCAAAAAUUAUUUAAAUGACAGAAAAUUUAGAGAACUUAGCAAAUCUGAUCAGUUUCUAGUAAAAUUCUCGAUUAAUCAGCUUAAAUCAAUUAAAAAUUGUCUGACACGACCGAUUGCAGAAAUGACACUAGGAACUAUGUUAAAUGUAAUGAGAGUAAAGGAAUCAUGUUGUUGAUCCAAUAAUUAAAAAUAAAUCGUAUGGAAUCUUAAACUGUAAAAG